AUGAAGAAAUUCUUCAUUAUUACCUUCGUGCUUGGCUGUGUCUUGUCCACGGCACACAGCAGCCUGAUCAACCUGAAUUUCAUGGUGAAAACCAUCACUGGGAGAAACGCCAUCAUGUAUGUGGGCUAUGGCUGCUACUGCGGACUAGGUGGGAGUGGUGAGCCCAAGGAUUUGAUGGACUGGUGCUGCCAUGAACAUGAUUGCUGCUACCAGAAGCUCUUUGACCAUGGCUGCCAUCCCUUUUUGGACCCCUAUGAGUACACCAUUGAGAACAAGGAGGUCAUGUGCAAGACGGUCAACGUGACGGAGUGUGACCAGAUGACAUGCGAGUGUGAUAAGAAUAUAGCUCAGUGCUUCCAGAACAACCGGUACAACUAUGAUUAUCGCAACUAUUCCAACUUCCACUGCACUGGCCCCAUGCCCAACUGUAGCAUCUAUGAACCGCCCCCUGAGAUGCCCCCUGAGAUGUCCCCUGAGAUAUUUACCUGCCCGCCACCCCUCUCUCCAGGGUCUUCUGUACUUCCCUAA